UCUCAGAUGGAUGUUGUAAAGAGGGCGUAACGUUUACGCCACGAACAAUAAAUGUUUAUUUGAGAUAUCACUAGGUCUAUAGUGUAGUCCGCGAAAUGUGCACAGGAUUAGAAGCUAUGGACCUGAUAGUGUUGGUGUUUGUUGUAGCAACGGUUGCCCUUGGUGUUGAUGGGAUUGUUGUGAGCUUCGCGGACGGGAACUCUGCGCUGACCGUUGAUAUCACAGAAACAGGACCGAACAGCACACGGAUUUCGUGUUCCUCCGCCGCGAAAGAAACAAAGCUUCCAGACAUUAAAGAUGGUGCCAUAAUAAUUGAUAGAACGGUGAUGAUGGCAUUGGAAGAGAAAUGCAACGAACAGACGACCACCCCUACGUCUGCAGACGGCAGGAUUCGCCGGGCUAUGGUCGCUCCAGGCACGCACUGGUGCGGCGCGGACAACACUGCUGACCACUACAACGACAUGGGCUACUUUCACGACACUGACGCCUGCUGUCGAGACCACGACCAUUGCGGCUUGUGUAUCUCAUCCGGGGAGACCAAACACAACAUAAGAAACAAUAAAAUCUACACAAUAUGUAGCUGCGAAUGUGACAAAAAGUUCAGCCUUUGUUUAAAAAAUGUUGGCAGCCUCGUUUCGCAGACAGUCGGCUCUCUCUUCUUCAACAUCUUGCAAGUGCCAUGUGUUGAUAUCAAUGCGCGACCACCUGGCCUAUCAUCAUCCUCCUAUUACUCGCAGACGACCAAAGCACCAAGUUUUAUAAGAAAAAUUGCAAGCUGGUUUGCAGACAUUUUUGGAAAAAAAUGAAAUCUAAAUAUCAACACAAAAAAACAUUUCUACAAUUUUCUUAAUCUGGAAAUCCAUAUUUUCCAUAAUCUCAGUUUUUCCUUGUAAUAUAAUUUAUUGUUGGUGCCAAAUUAUUAUAAUGAUUGUAAUGGCAUGAAAUAAAAAUAAAAUCGUUAGAUCUCAACUUGGGACUUUCACCAAACAACAUACUCAAUAAUUCAACACAACAAAAAAAAAAGUUUAAUUAAAAAUUUGAUUAUAUUUGAUUAGGAUGAUAGAGAUUGUACUUUAUGCUUUUGUAAAAUUUUCUUGUAAUAAGCAAUAAUAAAAUAAAAUACACCAGUUGCACACUCUUGCAGACAUAGACAGGAGGACUCCCCAAAAGCUAGACUACAUUUUGUUUAUAUAAUGACCUUGUUCUACUACAAGUAUUCAGUGUGUGAGUAUUCAGAUAUAAAGAUAAACAAAAAUUGCAUAUACCAAAAUAAGAAAAAUAUAACAAAUAAUAAAAUGGCAGCAUAUUUUCAGUAGGAAUAUAAAUAUUGUAAAUUACAUUUUAAAUAUAGAUAAUUUGGAAGUAUAGUAAAAAUACUAAAAUAAUAAAUUCAUGGCAUUCUCUAGGUCCAAAAAUAAAAGAACACAAGCCCACAAGAUAAAAAAUAUUGUUAAAAAUAUAAAUACAUAUUAGUUUAUAAAAAUCUAAAAAAAAAAGAUGGUUUAAAAAUAGUAAGGCAUUAGAUAAAAUUGUAUUCAUCAACUGAUUUCUAAAGAAUAAUUUUAUUUUACCCUAAGUUAAAUUGUAGGUAUAUGAUGUUCUAGAUAAAAUCAUUCAAAUUUAAUGAGUCAACUUUUGACUAUUCAAUUGAAAUUUGAGUAAAUGUUAGGUUAGUCAAUAAAAUAUUUCUACAUUGGAAAAAAAAAAA